CAGGCGCGCAUCAAGAAGACCGUGAUCAACGAAGACAACGAAGAGGAUGGCUGCUCUUUGGCACAAAAACAGAAAAUCUCCUUCCUCGAAAACAAUCUCGACCAGUUGACAAAGGUGCAUAAGCAAUUGGUGCGUGACAAUGCUGAUUUGCGCUGUGAACUGCCAAAACUGGAGAAGCGUCUGCGCACCACCAUGGAGCGUGUCAAGGCGUUAGAAUCGGCGUUGAAGGAGGCGAAAGAAGGUGCGAUGCGCGACCGCAAACGUUACCAAUACGAAGUGGAUCGCAUCAAGGAAGCGGUGCGGCAAAAGCAUCUCGGACGCCGUGGUCCCCAGGCACAAAUCGCCAAGCCCAUACGCGCCGGACAGGGCAACAUUGCCAUUCGCGGUGGCGGCGGCAAUGCAAUUGGCGGCCAAUUGCCGCAGGCAAGUGCUGUUAACUCAUAAAGCGAUUAAUGUAUUUGCAAAUACUACUACAUUUUAAAGUAAAACCAUUUGCAAUUUUCCAAUGAAUGAUGCAAGCCAGAAAUAAAGUGCGAGAGGAUAGAAGAUGUUUGAGAGGUGGAAGGGAGGGAUAAGUUUUUAAGAAUUUGCGGCGGAGUAGCAUGCGUGCCGUGGCGGAUUUGGAAAAGAGAAGGGAUUAGAAAAGUUGAAAUGCAUUGAAGCGAGCCAAAUGCUUAGCAACAAUUAUAGGAAUGUAGAAGCAUAUAAAAAUGAUUAAACAUUUCUAUUUAGAGAAAACAAAAUAAUUAUUUAUUUUACAUGAAAACCAUAAUAAUGAAUUGUAAUACAAGAAAACUAAUGAUAUAAAAUAUAAUUUUAAACCAUACAGAAUAUGAAGAAAAUUUAAAUGAAAAAAAAAACCAAAAAAAACUAAAAACAAGCUAUAUAAAAUACAACAUACUUGUGAAAAAUGAAAAGAAUGUGCGAAAGUCACUUUUGGUUGCUACACGAAAAGAAGGUAUGUUUUCAAUGUUUUCUAUGAUUUUUUAUUUGUUAUAUUUUGGGCAUAGAGAAUUUGGUAACCAAGCUUUUGAACUCUGGUUUGGGAUGUGGUCAUAUAGUUCUUACGUUCUGCAUUAUCUUGUUUUCUUUAUUUUUUUUAUUUCUGUUUCUUGCUAAUGUUUUAAUCUUUCUUUGUUUUUGAGGGUUUUUAGCAUUAGUCUUACCUUUAAUGAGGUAUUUCUAUUUUUGUUUUUUUUUAUCCUUGAGAAAGAAUGUCAUAUUUGGACAGCAAAAGCAUAAUUUUGCCUGGCGCGAAAUUCCAUGGAUAUGUAUUUUGCUAAUGAAUGCAGUGCUGAAUGUACUAAGAAUUUGUGCCUUUUGAAACCGUGCUCAAAUACAGUGAACUUUCAAUUUCCAAUAUUUACUUGUAAUUGAUUUGAAGUUACUCUUCGGCCAUUCAUUUACUAAUACACAUGUAAAUACAUAUGUACUAAGUUACUUCUAAACAUAUUUUUAUCCACUUUUAAUAGCAACUAAAAGGGCUGGCGUUGUGUGUUCGUGAAAACUCAGUUCAAUUGUAACGAUUUUAUAUUCUAAUAAGACUUUAAAAGGUAUCUUUGGUUGCAUAGCAAUAUACUUAAAUACAUACAUAGAAUAUUUUUUUAAUUAUUCAUUCAAAAAUUUACGGUUUUUGGAAAGUCUAAACUCUCAGCUGCUGAAAAAUUGUUUUUGUAGGCGCAGUUUCUCAGCUUUACAUGUAAACUCGAAAUACAUCCAUUCAUACAUGAUUGCCUUGACUUCUAAAAGUAAUAAAUAUAUUCAUUUUAAUAGCAACUAAUUACAACUAGCUAUUAUUGAAACGCUUCUGUAAUUCAGUUUCGUGUGAAUUCGAGCUAAGUUCGUUUAAUUAAAAUUGGCAUGAGUUGAAACUCACUCGGAAGUGAGUUGCAGAACCUACCUGAAUGUCUCAUUAAUAAUGGGUGUCGUUACACUUACACACGUACUUAUAUUGUAAACUAAGCUUUUUUCAUUCAAGCAUUCACCAUGUUUUUCUUACUGGACAACUAUGCUUAUUUUAUUUUUUUAAUACGGUGAAUUGCAAAUUUAAAGUCUUCAGGUUUUGUACCAUUUGUGAAAGAGAAAAAAAUUUAAAUGCAGUAAGUGGAAAUAUUGAAACAAUAUUUUUAUUGUGAACCUAAUGAACACAAUACUGAAAAAAUAUGAAGUCAUUAAAGUUUUUCAAAAGUAUGAAUCUGCAGAAUUUUUUUAUAUAACCGCUAAAUCAUAAAAAAGGUAUGAAAGUAUGUUGAGCAAAACUAUCGACAUUUUUCACAAAAAAAGGUGUAACUAUAAAAGUAAAUAUAGUAAAAGUAGCGACCGCAUUAAAUAAAACGGUGCUCACGCUCUGCUUUAAAUUCGCAAAUUCUGCACUUUAUUAUAUUCGUAAGUUCAGUAAGGGAAAUUAUAAUAUUGAUCAUACAUUUAAAUGAAAAAUAAAAUAAAAAUAAAUAAAAAUUUAAAGUAGUUUCAACAAACAAAGUGGAUAUUUAUGCAAAUUAUACUUAUACCAAAUUAUGCCAGCAGCGUUAAGAUGCAAUGUGCUUUCAAAUAAAUUUACUCAGCGCCACGUUGUACUAUGCCAUUGAAUAUUUAGUGAAAUAAGAAAAUUUGCGAACAGGAAAGAGAUUGUGUGGCACAGUAUUUGGAACACCCGUUGCUGCGUCACUUUAGCUGCGAAGUGUUUUGCACAAUGUUUUUUUUGCUAUAUAAUAAUUGUAAUGAUGAAAAAAGUUAAAAAUUACUACGAGUUUCUCCAAAUGCAUUCAUUCAAAAAGUUUGACUAAAAUAAGUAUAAAAAUAAUUUGCUUAUAAACACAAUUCAUACAAACACACACACACGCAUGCGCGGAAAUUUAACUCUGCGUCAAGAGGAUUCAAAGAUUGUAGUACUAUGAAAAUGAGAAAUCAU